UGAGCCUGUAAUAUCGCUUCUCGCAUUUUUUCUAAUCCAUGACGGCCUUUGACGGAUCCACCUUACCAUACCCCGUGAUCUACACAACAACAUAACAAAGUGGGGAAAAGAUGGCGAGCGUGGAGGAGGCCAGACGCCCCUCUGUUUCCUCGUCUUCGAUCGGUCUAGAGGCCUUGUUCCCAGCCGGGGGAUCUGAACAAACUUGCGGAGAUGGGAACCCGGAGCUAGUGCGACUUCGUGAACGGCUCCAGGGCUGGCUGUCGCAGUACGAGCCCUUGGUGCUGGGGGUGCAGAGACUACUCGUAUGGGAGAGGCCGCUGUACAGCAUCAUUGCCGCUCUCACGCUUAAUACCUUGUUCUGGCUCUUAUCGUCAACCUAUUUGCGACCUCUAUUUCUUUUGAGUGUCUCUCUCCUUGGUCUCAUAUUGCUGGAAAGAUGGAAAGAAAAGCUUCCAAAAAUACCUGUCUGGAAUCCUGAGGCUGCCACUGUUGAUAGGGAGACCAUGACUGUGCAGCCUCGUCUCCUGAGUGUGGCUGAACUUAGCCAUCACCUGGCAGACAGCUACCUGACAUGCAGCCUAUACAUACAGGAGAUGCUCCAGUUCAAACGGCAAAACCACGGCAAGUUCUGUGCCAUGAUGUGCGGCGGGUGUUUUGUGUUGGCUGCUGUUGGUCACUAUGUGCCAGGAAUUAUGAUUUCCUACAUCAUCGUGUUGAGCGUGUUGCUCUGGCCACUGGUUGUGUAUCACGAGCUGAUCCAGAAGAUGUACACUGGCCUGGAGCCCAUCCUGAUGAAGCUGGACUACAGCAUGAAGGGGAACACCCAGCACCGCAAACACGACAAGCGGAAGGUGAAGAAGGAGUCUGAGGAGGGCGAUGAGCCGAGAGCGGAGACAGAGAGUGAUAGCGAGGAGGAGCUCUCCUGCUUCGCUCCCACGGUGGAUGUAAAGACCACAGCGUUGGCCAUGGCCAUCACAGACUCGGAGCUCUCUGACGAGGAGGCGAGCAUCCUGGAGAGCGGAGGGUUCUCCGUGUCCAGAGCCACCACCCCACAACUGACUGACGUCUCUGAAGACCUGGACCAGCAGAGCAUGAACAGUGAACCGGAGGAAACGUUCUCCAGAGAUCUUCCUGAAUUCCCCUCCGUGGAUGACUUCCCUUCCAUGGAGCACGGUUUGUUCCACUUCCCCCUAGGUGCCUCAGCACCAGCAGAGGGUUCCACGGGGGAACAUCCAGAAUCGAACUCCCAAAGCCCAGCCAGCCUGCUCCUCCAGCACUUAGCGUCCCCUCUCCAUUUCGUCAAUACUCACUUCAACGGGCAUAGCAGGCUCGCCAAGGCUAGUCAGGCAGCUGCAGUUGGGUUGGGGAAAGAAGAAGAGGAAGAGGAGGGUGUGACCCCAGUCGAGGUGACCCCAGAGGCGCCGGGCCCCAGCCGCUCCCUCGAGGAACUGAGCGAGGAGAUCGUGAGCACGGCCAUCUCAACCGUGGUCCAGAACACGCUGUCGGCCCUACUGCGCACCACUGAAGCCAUGGAGGCGCCGUGCAUGGAGGAAUUCAUGCCUACCGAAACGCCCCCGUGCCCCAUGGAGUCAACCUUGGAAGCCCCUGCCAGCACCACCACCACCUCUGCCCUCCACCACGCAGCCGGUCUCGGUGUGGACGAGGAGGAGGAGGAGGAGGAGGAUGUGACCAGGGAAGCCAGCGUGGAAGAACUGCCGGACGUCACGCUCAUGCCGGCCGAGGAAGAGGACUUUGAGCUUCUGGACCAAAGCGAACUGGAGAUGAUGGACGAAGGGUUGGGUUUGGGCCUUGACGGACAGGGGGUGGAUACAACAGGCUCCACAACGCCAGACACACCGGCCAGUGGCGAUCAGCAACGUAACACGUCCUAGCUUCCCAGGCCAUCUCAUCUUCCCUCUUUCACCCUUGCCUGUACUGAAAUGCUCCUUUUAUUUAUAGUUUCAUGUAGAUAUAUCAUAUACCAACUUAUUCACUUACAGAGGGCGUAUACACUUAUAGAUCAGGCGCAGUCAGUUAGUCCUUUUUUUCUGUGUGUGCGUGUGUGUGUGUGUGUGCAAGUGUGUGUUUCUUUUGAAAGGGGGAAAUCACUGUGACUGAUCUGGGCCUGUUAUCAUGAAGACGUAAUUAAAUGUGGCCCAUUUUACGUUUCGCGUCCUCCCAAGCUACCGCAGUGUCAUUCAAGAAAAUUAAAACAGAAGUUUGAGCUCUUUGGUGAUAGCAUCGUGUUGGUGUUCAUUUUUGUGUAGGGAUGGAACCAGUAAUUGGUGGUUGUCAAAUGCAGCGACUCAAGUGUUCCAAAGCCUACUCAGAAUCGACACCAUCAUCUUUGCAGCCUUGUCUGACAGAUUUUUAAAAACACUGUGGCCUGAUUCUCUCAGGUUGGAAGUUUGUGGCAUUGAACCAGUCUUUUCUUGAUAUACCCUGACGGUUGUCCUUGGGCUUUUUUUUUCUGGAUAUGAUCCUAAGCCGAAUAGGGCGUUAAUGAUGUCUAACCCAGGGAACAAGACAAGCAAGCUGAAGUGAUCAUGUGUGAGUUGUGAGGAGUGAUCGUUACCCAAGGAGAUAGGAUUGGAUCCCUGAUGUUAAUAUGUUAACAUUUUUGCUUUUAUCUUUUUUUUUAAUAGAGCUGAAAUAAUAUAAAUAUACACAGAGAAUAUAAAUAUAUACAUAUUUUAUCCCUAUGGUCAGUAAAUUGGAAUGGUUUUAUUUAAAAGAUGUGGUCAGUGUACUUUAGAAAAAGGAAGACACCCGUCCCAAAAAAAAAUUCAGGGCGUAAUACCAACAUUUGGCUGUUAUUAUUCAAACUAGACUUGCACAGUUUGUACAUACUCUUGUUUAUUUUGCAUGGAGGAUAGUGGUGUGAAGUGACCGAUAACUGACAAUCCCUCUAAUGCCAUCAACUGCCAAAUGAAAGCAGAUUGGGGGGGGGGGGGAACAGACAUACAGUUUAUGUAUUGUGUGUAUCUCCUACAGCACUCUUAAACGGAGCAAGAUAACUGUGUAGUGUUGCAGUAUAAUCUAUCUUACUAACAAAAAUAAUCAUACCAUACAGUAGUAUGGCCACAGUAUGUACAGUGUGUACCAUUGACCCCCUAACAUCCUAAUCGUGUUCUCUGACACAAGCUUCUUGCUAAUGGCUAACAGUUGGAAAGAACAUUUGAUACAAUCAGAAGGUCUGUCAUAAUCACAUCAAAUUAGAGGCAAAUUUGCCAACCUUUAGCCCACCUCUUCAGAGAUGGAAUAUUACAAUAUGGACUAAAGCAUUAUUAUCACUUCUACUGGUGUUUGGUUUUAACUAUUCAUCAUGAAAUAACAAAGUGCUUCUUAAUUGUAUGUCCUGUAUUGGGUUCCUCCCAUGCAAGUCCAUGGUGCAUGAAAUUGGGAUUGCAAAAAGCACUUACGUACACCACUGUGGUUUGUGUUUUGUUCAUAGAGCUGUUUUAAGGCCUUUUGAGUCAAGCAUAGUAUGGUUAGGCCUAAUAGUAGAUAUUUUCACUGAAUAUACCUGUUCAUUCCUAGAUCAUUUGAUCUGAAAGGCAUUUUCUACAACCCAUGUGUUGGAAAUCAGCUUCGGUUUGCCUUCAACAAAUUAUGUAUCUUUUUAAUAUAUAUCUUGCAAGCUAUGAAUUAUUUUAUCAGUGGUUGAAUGACCUCUUAAAAUGUCCUUUAUUGGACUCACUGACUGCGAAUUACACCGGACUUCUUGAUUUUACCAGGGAAACUGAAAGUAUGAUCACUUUUGUAAUGUUCACACAUUCAACAUGCCAUCCUUCACUGAAAAAUGUAUCACAUGUUCCUGAGAUGAUCUUGAGACUGCAAGUUGGACAUUCUACAUGGGUGAUGCUUUGGUUUAUAUUCAAGAGAAUGUUAUAACUACUUAAUGUACAAGAGUAUGUAAAGUCAACUGAAACAACUACAGUAUGUUUUUCAAAAGAAGUUUUCAACUGUCAUGUUCUGUACUAUAGAAAUGUAUGUAUUUGCUCAUGCUUUUACUGCUUCUUGACCUAUAAAGGCACUUAAACUUC